AUGAGUUCCCUAAGUUGGAAUUGCAGGGGGCUGGGUCAUCCUCUUGCGAUUCCUACGUUAUGUGAGCUUGUUCGUGCUCACAGGCCUGAUUUUAUAUUUUUAUGUGAAACUCUUGCUAAAAGACAACGUGUGGAGUUGAUUCGUUCUCGUCUUAAUUUUGAAGGAUGUUUUGUGGUGGAUUGUGUUGGUCGGAGUGGAGGGCUUUGUAUGUUUUGGAAAGCCUCAUCUUCUUGCAAAUUGUUGAGUUUUUCUUCGAACCACAUUGACAUGCAGGUUACUGAUACUACUGGAGAGUGGCGUUUGACUGGUUUUUAUGGCUAUCCUGAGCGUGGGAGACGUCGGGAUUCUUGGAACCUUCUCAGGCGGCUGAAGGAUGUUAAUACUCUUCCCUGGGUUGUGAUGGGGGAUUUUAAUGACCUCUUGGACCCCGGAGAUAAGCGUGGAAGUGUCCCUCAUCCCAACUGGCUUUUCAAUGGUUUUCGGGAGGCUACGUUAGACUGUGGUAUUACAGAUAUUGCUCUUAAUGGUUACCCCUUUACUUGGUCUCGUGGGAUUGGCACUCAGAAUUUUGUUGAAGAGCGUCUUGAUAGAGCUAUGGCUACGGAUAAUUGGAAAUCUCUUUUUCCUAACGUGAUUUUUAUUCCUGUCACGGUUACUAUUUCAGAUCACACACCUAUUCUUCUCAAAUGUGAUGGGAUGUAUGUUCCUCCUCCUCGGCGUAGGUUCUUCUUUGAGAACAAAUGGUGCACGGAACCAGAGUUGCCACAAAUUAUUCGAGACUGUUGGAUUAAUCUUCGUGGCAUAGAUAUCAUUGAUCGUUUAGCGGCGGUGUCUGAAUCCCUCUCUACUUGGGCCUCGAAUCAAUACAAGCAUGAUAGGUUGCUUAAAUGGCGGCUGAAUGAUAAUAUCCGGCGUCUUCAAGGCAGGCAUGAUUCUUUGUCUAUUGAUAGUCUUUUGCAGGCGAAGAAGGCGUUGGCUGCUAUUCUAGCCAAAGAAGAGGAACAUUGGAGACAACGGGCAAAGCAAUUUUGGCUUAAAGACGGGGACCAAAAUACUAAAUUUUUUCACUCAAUGGCGUCGGCUAGACGGAAAGUGAAUACCAUUACACGUCUUCAGCGUGAUGAUGGCAGUUGGGCUUCUACGCAAGAUGAGAUGAGGAACACGGCCAAGGACUACUUUACUGCUAUAUUUGAGAGGUCUGAUGGUGUGGGCGAUUUCAGCCAGGUCUUGGGGAAGCUUCGGCAUUGUAUUGAUGAGAGCAAGAAUGUGGAGCUCACCCAGCCUUUCACGCCUAAGGAGUUUACUGAUGCUCUUAACCAAAUGCAUCCAGAUAAAUCUCCGGGACCCGAUGGGUUUAAUCCGAAGUUUUAUCAAAGGUUCUGGAGUAUUAUUGGGAGUGAUGUUGUCCGGAGCUGCUGUGAAUGGCUGAAUGCCGCUGCUCUACCCCCUCAGUUAAAUCGUACUAUCAUUUCCCUCAUCCCCAAGGUGACUAAUCCGUCUAAUAUGAAGGAUCUCCGCCCCAUUUCUCUGUGCAAUGUGGUUUACAAGCUGAUUUCUAAGGUGCUCUGUAAUCGUUUGAAGAGUGCUUUACCUCAGCUUAUUGAUCGGGCACAGUCCGCAUUUGUGGAGGGUAGGCUUAUUCAUGAUAAUAUUCUCAUUGCCUUUGAGGCUAUUCAUUCAAUGAAGAAAAAAAUCCGAGGCAAGUUUGGGACGAUGGCUUUGAAAAUUGACAUUAGCAAGGCGUAUGACCGUGUUAGUUGGGAGUUUCUUGAAGCCGUUCUUGAUAAGCUGGGCUUCUGUUCUCAGUGGAGAAACUGGAUUUCUAUGUGUAUUCGCUCUGUCUCGUAUGAUGUCCUCGUGAACGGUACGUUGGUCGGCCCGAUUAUUCCUGGGAGAGGUUUACGGCAAGGAGACCCUCUUUCUCCCUACUUAUUUAUUCUUUGUGCAGAGGGGCUGUCAGCUAUGAUUAAUUAUGAGAUGGCGAGGGGCAGCCUGCAUGGUAUUCAGAUCAGUCGUGGGGGUCCGGCUGUUUCUCAUUUGAUGUUUGCGGAUGAUAGUAUUUUCUUUUGUCGGGCUUCAGCUGAGGAAUGCUUGAAUCUCAAGAGGGUCCUUUGUGAUUAUGAGAAGGCCUCGGGUCAGGGCAUCAAUUUCCAAAAGUCGGGGAUUCUUUUUAGCGCAAAUGUUUCAGAUAGAGACAAAGAUGAGCUGUCUCAUAUUAUUGGUGUUUGGUCGCCUCUCAACACUGGACGGUAUCUUGGUCUCCCUUCUCUUAUUGGUCGGAAAAAGAAAGAAAUUUUUCAUUAUUUGAGGGAAAGGUUAUGGAGUCGAAUACAAGGGUGGAGCGGCAAGAAGCUAUCUAAGGCUGGGAAGGAAAUUCUUAUCAAGGCGGUGGCUCAAUCUAUCCCGACUUAUUGCAUGGCGGUCUUCUCUCUUCCGACGGGGCUCACGGAUGAUAUGGAGAAAUUAUUGAACAAAUUUUGGUGGGGUAACAAGGUGGGAGCAGGUCGUGGUGUAAAUUGGUCGAGUUGGCAUAAGCUUUGCGUGGACAAGAAUUCUGGUGGUAUGGGUUUUCGCAGUCUCCAGCUUUUCAAUGUGGCGAUGUUAGGUAAAACUGCGUGGAGGUUGCUACAUGAUCCGGAAGCACUUGUUAGCCGAGUCUUGAAAGCUAAAUACUUUCCAAAUGGGGAUUAUCUUUCUGCUAAACUUGGGUCUUCUAUUCCUCCGCCGCUGGGUUUGGAAGAUUUGCGUGUCGCUGAGCUGAUUGAUGCUUCGUCUAAUGAGUGGAAUGUGGAGCUCAUGGAACAGCUUUUGCCAGCCGAGGAUGUAGCAGCUAUUCGAAGUAUUCCGCUUUGCCCAAAUGCUGGUACUGAUCUCCCUAUUUGGCAUUAUUCUGCUAGUGGUUGUUAUACAGUUAAGUCCGCGUAUAAUAUUGCGAGUGAACUGGUGUUGACUCCUAGUUAUAAAGAAGAGGGCCCUUGGCCCAAUAUUUGGAAGCUCGUUGUUCCUCUGAAAGUGAAGUCUUUUCUUUGGCGAGCAGCGAAAGAUAAUCUCCCGACUAAAGCGAAGCUCUUGUCCCGAAGCAUUCAGGUGGGCGGAGAAUGUGGGAUCUGUAAAGAGGGCUUUGAGAACUCUUGGCAUAUCUUUAUUGCUUGUUCUUUUGCUGAGCAAUGUUGGGAGGCUGCUGGUUACUCACUACUCUUGACAACUAUUCGGGCGCAUUGUGAUUCCUUCAAGGAAGCUAUUACGACCAUUAUGACGAUGGCUGAUAGGGGGUGGCGGCGAAGGGAGGAGUGGUUGUCAGCUCGCAAUAAUCCUUUGUCACCUGCUAUGGAGAGCGUAAAUGCUGUGCAGCGCAUGCCGUGUGUUGGUUGGCAUGACAUCAGUGUUGGGUGGGUAAGGUGUGGUGUUGAUGCAGCUUUUUUUGCCGGUGAUAAUUCUAUGGGGAUUGGCAUUGUGGUGAGGAAUCAUGUUGGGGAUUUCUUAGCUGGAAAAUCGAUGAAGUUCCCUGGCAGGAGAGAUGUUGUUGAAGGUGAGCUUAUGGGAGUGAAAGAAGCUUUGUCUUGGUUGAAAAAUCUCGGAUACUUGGUUGGCUUUGUGGACUGUGACAGCAAGAUUGCGUGUGACGCUAUAUUAAAGAAGACGGAGCUUAUUAAUGAAAGGGGCGUUCUAGCUGAUUUUUGUUGUCGUGAACUGUCUUCUAUGCCUGGUAUUAGAAUUUGUAAUGUUCGUCGUACUCAAAAUGCUAUAGCCCAUUGCUUAGCUAAAGCUGCGAGAGAUGUUGGCACGUUGCGUGUUUGGAAUGAACCCCCGUUGUUUGUGGAGGGUCAUCUCCAUGUUCCAUUGAAGAACUCUUCGUUGGGCAAGGGCACCUAUGCUGGCCGCCGCUCCAAGCUCGUCGCCAUUCACCCGCGAUCUUCGCCGCCACAAAAUACACAUUCGACGCAGUGGCCUAUCCUCUCAGAGGACAGGGAGAUCGACGGCGGCGGCGGAGAGAGGCGGCGAGAGGGAAGAAAGCACGGGGCAGGGGAAGCGGCGAGAGGCAGCACCGCAGGAGUGGAGGUCAGCGGCGAGGCGGAGGCGCAGGGGAAGAGGGCUACAUGUAUUGGGGAGGAGGUGGCCGACUGUUCUCGUCGUCGGAAACACUACGAUGGCGGGGAAUGCGGAAUUCCGCUGGAUAUGGUAGACGACCUGUGGUGUUUCGUGGAGAGUGAUGAAAUAAGGCUUGACGGUGAUGGUGGUGGUGGCGGCAACGUCACAGGAGUGGAGGUCGGCGGCGAGGCGAAGAAGGAGAUGAUGUGA